AUGUCAAGCAGCCAAAGAGCAGAAGGUUCUCAUGGUUUUUUCAAGCAAUACAUAUCAAGGAGAAAUUCGUUGAUGGAUUUCAUAAUACGAUUUGAGAGGGCACUUUCUCAUCAACGUGAAAAAGAGUUAGUUGCUGAUCAUGUAGAUGCAUUUGAAGUGGCUCAAUGUAUUCUACCGAUGCCAAUGAACAAACAAAUGGCUACCUUGUACACAAGGACAAUGUUUCAAAAGGUUGAGCAAGAACUAAUACAAAGUACAACAUGUUUCCUAGAGCUCAAAACAGAGGAUGCUUCUAAAGUUGUCUUUAACGUGAGCGAAAGGAAAAAUUGGGAAACAAGAGUGGCAGAAGUCGUAUAUGUCAAAGAUUCUGACAACACAUCGUGUAGCUGCAAAAGAUUUGAAUUUGUUGGAAUUAUUUGCAAGCACAUCCUAGCAUUGUUCAGAAGGGACCAGAUUGAAUAUAUGGCCGAUAAAUAUAUUUUGAAGAGGUGGAAGAAAACUGCGAAAUCUGGAUUGGUGUCAGAUGCAAAUGGCAACGAAAUUAAAGACUGUGCAGAUCCUGGUCUUUUAAUAAAGCGGUGUACAAUGUCUCGACUUGCUUCAGAUGUGGUUGAGGAUGCAUUAAUGAGUGAAGAAGGAUGUGAGCUACUGUCAGAGACUCUAAAAAGUUUGCAGGUGAAGUUGAAGUUGUUGAAGGAUGGACCAAGUAAUAACGAAGUUGGAGGGUCCAGCUCUCAAACACAAUAUAUGAAAGACCCUAAGAGAGUGAGGUGUAAAGGAAGGUCGAAAGGAGUAACGGGAGCAAAGGAAAAGGCAAUGAAGCGAGGGAUUAGACACUGUCGAGAGUGUGGACACAUUGGUCAUGAUAGAAGACAAUGCCCAAGACAUUUGAACACACCGACAUCACCGUCGAAUAAUGACGAAUCAACUCCAAUAGAUCGUAGUGACCCAUUAUUCGACGAAUUUGACAGGAUGCACGGACCAACUGAAUGA